UUUAUUUCUCGGUUCUGCAACUUUUGUUCCUCUAUUUUCUUGUAGAAACUGCAAAGUUAGAUGAUUUGGUGGCAAUUAGCAAGCUACUUUUAUAUAUCUAAAACUCUACGAGGGUAGAAGUUGAAGCUAUGAUGUUGCCAAUUAAAAUAAAUUUGUUUAAACAAUAUUCUGGCCUUUUUUUUCUUUUUCCUUUUUUGGGAUUUUUACUUUAAUCUUGGGUUUGAGAACCAGCCUUUGUUUCAAUUUUCCUCCUUCGUUGUGUUUCUUUGAGAUAUAUGUAUCUCUCGAUCUCGAUCGCCGCGACAAUCUUCUCGACCAUCCAUCGGCACCUUUGGUAACUUUGCCUUUAUGGAUUUCAUCCUCACUUGGGUUAAACAUUUGACUGCUAUUGGCAUUUCUAACCUUUUAGUUGGUGCCAUGGACGCCAAACUUGUGACUGCCUUGUAUUGGAAAGGAAUUCAAGUUCUUGAUAUGUGCAGCCACUUGAGCACAGCCGAUGUUGGCUGGGGAUACCCUACAUUUCAUAAAUGGGUAGAGAAAAAGCUAUUCUCAUAGAUUCUCUCCUUCCGUAUGGCUAUGAGAUCCUGAUGUGUGAUACAGACAUGGUGUGGUUGAAGAACCCACUUCCAUAUCUUGCUCAAUGCCCUGAUGCAGAUGUCCUAACUUCAAGUGAUCAAGUUUCGCCAACUGUCACAGAUGACAGAUUGUGUAUCUGGCAACAAGCAAAAGAAUGGAAAGAUAUGCUUUUAGCUGAUGACAAGAUGUGGGAUCAGAAUGGAUUUAAACUUGUACGGAGGCAGUUAGGACUAUCUGUGGAUGGGGACAGUGCACUUGCAUAUGCUUUUGAUGGAAAUCUCAAACUGGGAAUUUUGCCAGCAAGUAUAUUUUGUAGGGGACAUAACUUUUUUGUCCAGGUAGGAUCCACAUGUUAGUUAGUUUGGGUUUGGGCAUUUCUCAUCAUGUUUUUUGUCAUGGAUGGAUGUGUGAUAUCUCGUUUCUUAUUUUACUUAGCAUGUUUAUGCAUAUAAACUUUAAACAUCUAGAUUUACCUAGCUAUUAAUAACAGCGGUGUAUAAAAUCAAGUAUGUCCUGAGCCUGAUUCUAUUGGUAGGGCCAUGCCUCACCAACUGAUGAUGGAACCAUAUGCUGUGCAUGCUACUUUCCAGUAUGCAGGUACAGAAGGAAAGCAUCACAGACUGAGAGAAGGAAUGUUUUUUUAUGACACGCAUGAAUAUUAUGAUGCACCAGUCACUGUUUUAUUAUUCUUUCAAACAUUCCUUAUGUGAAAUGUGCUUUUCUCUGGGAACUAUCAAUUUCCUUUGGAAGCCUUCAGGAGAUUUCCUUUUUAUGCAAAGGAAUUAAAACUCAAUUACAUGUUAUGUGUAGAACUUCAUCUUUCUUUUUUUUGAACAUUCUAAGCAACAAAACUCAUGCCAAACUGAAUUUAGAACUUAGAGUUGGUAAACCUUUUAUGGAAAACCGGCAGGAGGUUUCUUGUCAUUUAAACCUUCCAUUCUAAAGAGCUUAUUACUGGAUGGGGUGCAUAUAAUCAUGAAUCACACUUCUCCCUUGUUAAUUAUCGAAUAUGUAAUAUUAACCUUGUGGUUUUAGUUCACCCUCUUGAUUUAUAUUCUCUGUGUUGAUCCUCAUAACAUAAAAUUUUCAUGAUCCUGUUCAGAUAAAAACAAAUAAGGUCAGCACAUGCUGUUGCAUAUUGUUGAACCGCACACUGGUAAGAAAACUUCAGUUGCUUGACAUGGUUGACAUAACAGUUUGUGUUCUUGAAGUUUAAGAAUAAAUUUCUUGAAAAUAG